AUGCUUCUCUCACUCCUCCCUUCUCUGUGCAGUAUAUUGGCACUCGUUCUACUGGUCGGGCCUUUGGUCAGCUACUGGUGGGAUCGAAAGGGCCUGCGGAGGUUUCCCUCUCCAUCCUUCGCCGCCUUCAGCUCACUAUGGCGUGUCUGGCAUAAUCUCCGCCAUCAACACUAUUUGGCGGUCCACAAAGCCCAUGAACAGUUGGGGACUCAUGUACGAAUUUCCCCAAAUCACAUUUCAGUGGCAAACCAACAAGCGGCCUACGACAUCUAUGGCCACGGUGCCAACAUGAUGAAAGAGGCCUUUUACGACUCCGGAGCUGGGGCACACCGGAACCUGGCCGAUGCUCGCGACAAGAUUGAGCAUCAGACCAAACGGAAGAUGCUUGCACACGCGUUUGCCCAGAAGACCAUUGUCGGGCUCGAGCCUGUCUUGAUUGACAUGCUGCAGACUUUUGUCGGCGCAGUCGAUGCCCAUGUCCGGUCGGGCGAACCCAUGAAUAUACGACUCUAUUUCAACUAUUUCACCAUCGAUCUUCUGGCCCUGAUCUUGUUCAGCAAGCGUUUGGGAUGCGUAUCCCGUGGAAAUGACUUGGUGGACGCAGAAACCACAGAGGGAGUCGUUUACAAAACUCCUUUUAUCGAAUCUUUGCACCACUCCCUCACCAUCAACGUUGCGCUGGGUAUGGAACCAGUGUUUCUCCCGUGGACGAGAUGGCUGUUUCGACACCACCCGUACAUGCGUGAUGGUGUCAACUUUGAAAAUAUUAUCCAUCACAAUGUCAAGGCGCGGCUUUCACAAGGUGUAACCCAGGACGACCUCUUCACCAGACUGUUGCAAGACAGCAAAGGGAACAAGUUGAACCUGUCCAUGGGUGAACUUGUCGCCGAGUGCAGUGUCAUGAUGAACGCUGGCACCGAGACAACGACUGCGGCCAUGACCAAUACUGUUUUCCUCGUCUACACCCAUCCUCGAGUCCUUGCGAAGCUGAGACAAGAAUUGGAUCCACUCUUCUCCGACAAAGGUCUUCCCAGUUACGAAAAGGUCUCCAGUUGUCCUUAUUUAAGAGCUUGCACCGAGGAAUCACUUCGAGUGCGACCUCCCAGCUCUAUGGGCCUCCCUCGAGUUGUGCCCCAAGGAGGGCGGACGGUCGCCGGAGAAUUCAUCCCGGAGGGAACGACGGUAUCCGUCCCAACGUACACACUCUUGCGUGAUGGCUCCAUUUUCGACAGGCCGUCCGAGUAUAUCCCCGAGCGCUGGCUCACCGACGACUCCGGGCUCAAGCGAGAAAUGUUGAGGAGUCAUCUCCCGUUCAGCACGGGCCCACGAGCCUGUAUCGGACGCAACAUUGCGUACUUUGAGCAGACCUUGGUGAUCGCCGCACUGGUUCACCACUUUGACCUCGAAGUGCCAGAAAAUUCCCAACUGGAAACUCAAGAACGAUUCAACUCGAAUCCCGGGAACCUCUUUGUUCAUUGUAAACGACGUGACCUCAAGGUCUAA